AUGACCCUUGGCCUGUCGCGUCUGGUAGGCCCCACGUCGCAACCAGCACGCAUAGCGUCGAGGAGAACUAUUUCAUUCUUCAGCAAAUCUGGAAACACUCGCAUUUUUGCGAACGCAAAGACUCCAAGGGCGUUAACAACGCCAACGGGCUCACAAGGCUCGAGCACUAGCUCUUCAAACAGCACGGCGGUGGCGAUAAGAGGUCCAGAAUCGUCCUCUUCUAUCGUCUCUGCCGAAAAGCCGACUACUGCGAGCAACGACAUUGAACACGGCCAGUCAUCGUCUCCUGCAGACCCGACACCUGAGACUACGGUCCGGGCGCAGUCUACCACCGCCGCUGAUGAAUCCAUAUCCUCUGAUAAGGAACACGACUCGCAGUUUGCGAGCUCUGGUGUCGAAAAGCGGUCGCAUUCGUCGGUGAACCAUCACCAUUUCCACGAAAGGGCACCGAUACUACACCCACAGCCGACUAAAGACGUUGUUUCGCUACACUCUUUCUUUUCACUCCAUCGACCGCUUCUUUUACUCCCCGAACAUGCCCAACAACCCCUCUUCAACCCGACCACGGGACGAUCCACGAUUUUCGACAGUCUAGACGCGUCCAAAGAGGAUUCAAGGACACGAGAAAAGAAGGAAUUGGCGAGGGUAGAGCCUCUUUUCGAGGUCGAACUGGGUUCUGGUAGACCAUUGCCAAAUGACGAUGGCAUAUCGUUGCAGGGAUUGAUGUCGGAUGAGGAAAUGCCAGAAGCAGAUGCAGAUGCGGCACGGCUACUCGGGAGGAGCUUCAUCGUCAAUAAUAUUGGAAGCUUUGUCGACUGGCAGGGUACGCUCAAGACCCUGGGUGAUGCGACUGCACAAAAGAGUUUGGAUACGAUUCGUACGGCUGCUGCAGAGGUCAGUGCUGACCCGGAUAUGUCGCCUGAUGUGGCGAUGGAUAGCGUCAAGCGGAAGAAGAAGAAAAAGAUGAACAAGCAUAUUUACAAGAAGCGUAGAAAGAGGGAACGUGCUCAGCGACGCAGACUGGGCAAGUAA